GUCUGCUCCACCAGUCUUUUCCGGGACGCGACGUCGGCUCGGAGCGUCACGUCCACGCCAGGUGCCCUCGCUUGUGCCUACGACGCCAUGAAGUUAGUGGUGGACAGUUUAGUGAACGAGGAUAGUGAGACGCUGCAGGACUCUGCGGGCGAUAAUGACGCGAAUGGCUCAGACAUCCGCUCGAGGAUUAAAGAGAUUGUAGGCCCGCGGCUUCAUCAGGGAGGCGAAGAGCACCUUCUGACAAGUGGAGAGAGUCCUCGUGGAGGGCGAGAGGAGUCACCCCUGCCAGGGUCCUCUCCAGCGUCUAGCUCAGGAGUCCAAGGUUCCGACGAGAUGUCCCUCUCCCGCUCCCGCUCGAGAUCUCCCGCCUCGAAAGAACCCGCAUCCGCGAGUGUCAUCCCCGCCCCUUACGCGCAGCCGGACAUGAUCUACGAGGACUGCCCGUUGCAGCAAGAACUAACCCCAGACAAGAUGGACCCUGCAGAAAGUCUGAGGGCGUUGAGGUUCGAAUCAGGGCUGGACAUGAGCCCUGAAAAGCCCCAGCAGGUGGACUGCAGCUUUAGAACAUUCAGGGACAUGUAUCAAAUCAACCCCGUUUACCUAACGGACUCGGACGACCCCGAGGACCCCACCGAGUCCGAUACGAUAGUUCAGGGGUCAGGGGGUUAUGACCUCGACAGGUCCAUCACUGUCAAUAGCUGGGGAUCUGCCUCGGAGGAGUCCCCAGUGCCCCAGGAACUCGGCUCGUCCCCGCCCCUGCCAGGAGCUCGAGGGGCGAGGAAGGUCCCUAAGGUCACUAAGCUUCUCAGGGAAACUCAAGGUAUCGUGCAAAGAUGGGAGGUGCUACAGGCCCAAGCCGUGGAACGGCAGCGGCAGAGCGGGCAGGUGCGAGAACUGCAGCGCCAGGUGAAGUCCCUGCGCGUCGUGUUGGAGUCGCUGAUCGAGAGGGCCAGCGACACCACGCAGGUGAAGGACCUCGAGACCCACCAUCAGCUUAGCGACAAACUGCAGGAGCUCAAGGACCUCCAGCAGGAAGUGCUGACGAGGAAGGGUGAGGUGUCGAGCGUCAACCUUGCGGUUCACAGGUUCAUGACAGAAACCGGCUACUCCUUGGCGCACCUUAAGGACGAGGUGGCGGACCUCUACCGGCUGUGGGACGAGGCGCACAAACGAGCCAGCAGCGAGCUGUCGCGGCUGGAAGGAGUGGAAGCCACGUGGAGACUGUGGGAGACACAGGCGGAGGAGCUGCGCCGCGCCCUCCGCAAGGACUGCGACACCCUCAAGGUCCUGGACGCCGCCAUUCAGACGGGCUCCCUCACCGACACCGCCACCGCCUCCAUGCAGGACGUCGAGAGACUCCUGAACGACCGCCGCAAGUCCCAGCCCGGGAAGAGACUAACCCUCCAGCACACCAGGACGCAGGGCGUGGACAUCCAGGGAUCGACGACGUCUCUGGGAGCCUCCGGAGACGAGUGCCUGAGCGACUCCGGCACCUCCGGGUACGAGUCGUGUUCCUCCGAGGAGUUGAGCGAGCGCGAGCGGCGCCUGGCUCACCUGAGGAGGCUAGCGAGGGACCUGGAGGCGUCCCUGCACCCCAACUCGCAGGCGUGGCUGGCCAUCACUAAGACCUUGUCCAGCGCCGAGUCGGAGCUGAAGGACCUGCAGAAGCACUGCCGGGAGCUGGUGGUGCGCUCCGCCGAGAGCCUCGACCAAGCCAAGACGUCCCCGCAGCUAAGGAGACGCAGCUGGACCAAGGACACGAAGGGCAGUCGGACAGGCCGCCUAGAGCGCCGAGGUCACUGUGCCUUGAGUGGGCGUGAUGGAUGUGGGCGUAGUGUGAGUAGUGGGCGCCGUGGGUGGAUGUGGAGAGUGGUGCGGGCGGCGCUGCCGUUCCAAGCCGCCCUCCUCCUGCUGUUCUGCGUGGCGUGCCUGCUGGAGCCCAACUGCUGCGACCACGUGAACACCCUCAACCUGUCCCUGAGCCCGCAGCUGCGCUACGUGCACGGCCCCCCGCCCGUGUGAAGGACUCAGCCGCCCUGUAUAUGUGUUGUCUCUUACCUGUCCUGUAUGUCAGGUGUACAUAACCCCCGCCACAAUGUACAUACCAUGGCCCGGUGUACAUAUGAAGGCAUAGAGCAGAUGCCCCGGUCGGUCGACCCCUCAUACCCGCCGCGUGUUUGCCCGCGCGGGACCGUGUGCGUCGGCGCACGCGCGUCCGCGGCGGGCUGAGCGAGAGAGAGGGCCGGGGGAUGAGCGAGGCAGGUGUAGAUGGCUGUGACCCUGCAUGCCCUGGGGCCCUGCAAGCCCUGCGGGCUCUGACGGGACCCCUGCUCGGGACGUGACGCAAGCCCCCGCUCGCGCCGCCCGCCCACGAGGGAGCGGCUGCGCCCCAACCCUCACUCACACACGCCCACAAGCCCGUCACUACGUCAUGUCAAAUAUUUUUGUAUACACUUAAUAUAUAUACUGGUAAUGUGUGUGGAUGGAAGUCGAAGUAAUGUCUUGGAACGAGAGUUGUGGGUGCAAGGACGUGCGUGACACUACAUGUUUAGGUAGGGUGAUAUGUUGUGUGUUUGAGGUGUACCCAGGAAUACUGGGUUGUAAUUCUAAUUAAAGCAGUGUGAAUAUUUUAAACUAGGCCCUGUAAAGAUAUUUUAGAAAAGGUUGAAAAUAUAUAUAUAAUGAUUUAGGGUGAUUGAAAAUGUAUACUGAAAAUUCUUCGAAUGGUGUUUGCUAUUUAGGUCUGACCACAACCCUCCAGGGUUUGGUUACUAAGGCGGUCGGCUCUUCACGGUCGGCCGCCCUCGGGAGGUGCAUGCCAGAACGCUGCAUGACCUCGGGUCGUGCCAUGUUGGUGCCACCUCCCUUAGUACUAUGACAAGCCAGGCUGCCCGGCAUUGCGAGAACCAACACGGAUUCGUCUGCAACCUUUGGGUAGCCGAGGCUCCUUCGGGAGAAGGCUAGAAGCGCCUCGCCAGGAGACACGGAGGCGCGGGCAUUGCAUGGAGGCCGCCAGGCGACCCUUGCGGUCAGUGCCGCGGACAUUGCUUUGCUUGAGCCUGACACCACGCCCUGUGCUAGAGGCGCCGCCGACUCCCACUUCUUUUACUAUCAUGAUCCCAGGAAGGUCGGCUAAAGGCAUGAAGGGACCCCGCGGCUCGCCCAGUCCCCAGGAUGCCUCACAGACGACCGGGAGGGAUCUCGACACUUUAGCGAACAGUCGCUUUUAAGACCCCUUAUCUGGACAUUCAUCUGAUAGUCCAGGAAUGGACCGCGACCCUAAAUGUUCCAGCAUCUGUCCUGUGCGAGAACUUGACGCCUGCCCGUAGCAAAGUCUAAAAACCUUGGUCAGCAGAAAGCUCUUGGAGGGCAUACAGACGCCCCACCACUUUAGACUCUUCGUUGAGGCAUGCAGAUGGCCCAAGACUCGAGGUGCACGCACAGCACGGACACGCCCAUUAUCAGGGCUCUUUGUCCUUAGACAUGCUAUUGCCCCAGUCUUUCGGUGUCAUCAACAUAAGGCCCAGCAUUUGGAGCACGUAUCCAGGGUACAAGGAUCGUUCUGCCAGGGCAGGCAGAGCUAAGUAGGUAUAGGGGAUGGAAAUCCAUACCCUUACCAGUGUGGGUAAAGGCUGACACCACCAUUUUAGGGUCCGGCAUUAAACACCAUGUUUAUCAGCCUUGAUAAAAAGUAAAUAAGGUAAGGCAUGUAACACCCUAGUGUAGGCUCGACUCUUCAGCUCCUGCUCUAACAACAACAAUAGGUGGGGCGGGAUUCUUCGUGGUCGCGGCGCUGAAAGUGCAGGCGCGUCAGCAGAGACGAACGGACGAGCAAUAAUUCGACAGAACGACGGCGCGACCACUUGCGAGACUCCCGCCUCGCGCCUCAACAUCGUAGCCUUAAGGUCACUGCCUCAGCAGAGUUACAGGGGAAUGGACGUGAACAACAACAAAACGAUUAUUGAGUAGGCUUGUUACUGACCCUUAAUGAAAAUUGAUGAUCUGAACACUCAGAUGUGUGUGAGCUGCCAUCGUCCCCUUUUCUCGACCAGCAAUUGUAGUUUUGAUGAGGAAGAUAAGUAUUAAGAAGGAUGAACAUUGCGUGUUCGACACGCAGAGAAUUUAAAGGAUUUUAGGUAUUUUUAUAUAGGGUUUGAGACAUGGCCCUCCACGCGGGUGGACGGCCAUGUCGACAGGGUUCAUUCUGCGGCGAACAUUACCACGCCUUAUUCACACUGCAUUUUAUUCUAUUCAAACAUAUCCCUUUAUUUAACAGGAUGGGAGAUUUGUUUUAUUUUCUUAUGGUGCUAAUUAAGAAAAUUGAUCUAUUCUAUUCAUUUUACAGUGUAUGAUUACAAUUUACGUAGUAAUGUAUGCCAAAGGCUUUUUCUAUACUGUAUUCAGUGGUUUGCGUUGUUUUUUGUACGUGUAUGAUGAUUUUUACUACAAAAAGGGUUAAACUUUAUAUUUAUUUUAUAUGAAAAAAUCGUAAGAGUUGUUUGAUUGAAUGGUUCAAAAAUAUCUGGAUGGAUUAGAGUUUUCCUAUUUGUUUACUAAAGGAAGGAGGACUGGGUGGGUUGUAGUACCUUAGUAGUUUAAGGCGCAGGAGAAAGAAGCUGCUGCCUCUGUUCAGUCAACAAAUUCUCUCCCAGCCACAGUCAUUGUUCCUAAAAUGUUGAAUGUGCGCUUUUUACGCUAUAGGAAUUAGGGUGUCCACCUCGGAAUUGGCAGGAGUGGAGGGAGUGGAAGACUCCCCUUCUGGGCGCGAUUGCAAGUCUGCAGACGUGUUGAACUCCGCCUUACAAGAAGUGGGGGUGCGAACCCUCCCACCGUCCUGCCCAGAGAUUGAUUGCCUUCAGGGUUGCCAAACGAAGCCAGACUUUGCCAGUCAUUUCCCUCCCAUUUGCGUGAUCCCAUUAGCCUCUUCCUAUCAGUUUUGCAGGUACAGCAACCUGUGUUUUACCGCUGAUUCCAUUGAAUAGAAAAUUGUACUUAAGGAACAGUUUCCCCUUAUCCUAGCGCACUUUAGUAAGUAUUGCUUUUUAUGAGAUCUCUUGGAAUGAAUGGGCGCAUGAACAGGGAGGUAGAUGUUGCGGGAAAAAGACGGAGAGACAUGGCUGCGCGAAGUCCGACUCGAAGCUAGAAGAAAUAGGCUUGUUAUCCGGGUGGCUCGCCGAACCUCCCCGUUGCCGCUUGCUGCCUGCAGGCUUUCUUGGACCAUCUUUGUGUUGCGCGUUUAGUAUGAGAAGGGGCCGACCUGUCGUGACGGUUGUAACAUUAGCCAGGGGAGGACGCUCUGGAAGGGCUCGGGCUCGUGGUGAAAUCCCUGCUCGCGGCUGUUCGUGUGUCUUCGUAAGCAGAAAUUAAUCCUCCCUCUGCCAUUUACACAUCUCCGUACCCACCACCUCUCCCAUUGCCCAAUCACCCCCUUUCCUUCGGUUUGGUUGUGCAAAUUCUUUGGGUUUAGUUUCUCGCUUCGCGCAAGAGUAUUUAAAAAACCUCGGUCUCUUGGCCGGGGAAGGAGAAUACUUUUGUGUGGUUGCGGUUUUUGAAACGAAAAAAUACAAAAUAUUAAGCUUAUUUUAGUCACUUUAACAACACUAACUGUCUAUCUUCAUUUGUGAAAGUGCUUUUACAAGUAGCUCCUGAAAUUUAGGAAAAAAUUAAUAAGACAUCCAAAACAGGUUAUUUGUUUGCUUUAAUUUCUCCUCAAUAUUUAGUUGUCCUCCUCCCGUAUAACCCCACCCCCUUCAAUAAGCGAGGCCACCCCCUAGCCCAUCCACGAAGUCUCUCUCAACGGUUUACAGUACAAAAAACCACAAUAUGUUUUAUAAGUGCCUUAGUGUCGUUGUCUCUUAGCUUCGUAGUAACGACAGGUACGCGCCCCAACGGCCACCCGCGGGAGUGGGGACUCGAACCUUGUAUCCGGGGACCAUAAGGCUCAAAAGCGAUUGAGUUCCCUUUGGCGCCGAGGCGAAGGCGAGAGGCCUCACUCCCGUGCUAGAGGAUAAUAAUGCUUUGUUCAGUGCUCACCUUAAUGGCUUCUUGCUUUGAUAUGUUUUGAGUGUGUCAUCCAGCCUUGAAAUAUGUCGGUUUAUGUUUUCCUUUUCAUUCUUCUUAUUUGUAUUCUGUGAAUAUUUACUGAUUAACACUAAACACCAGAUUCUUUCUCCUGUAUUUUC